GUGGGAGGAAUACAAUAAAGUAGCACAUCCCGAUUUUAAAACAUACAGUCUGGUUUCUUCGUUGUUACAAGACAUAUCGCGAAUAUGGCUCAAACAAAUUCUAGUGUAUCUCUGCCAACAGGGCAACAAAUGCCCAUUUUAGGAUUUGGAACAUGGAACGCAAGCGGAGAAGAACUAGAAGCAGCUCUGGAUGCAGCUUUGGAAGCAGGAUAUAGGCAUAUUGACACAGCUGCAGUAUACGAAAAUGAACGUUUCAUUGGUAACGUUUUGAAAAAUUGGUUGGAUUCCGGCAGGAUCAAGCGAUCCGAUCUGUUUAUUGUGACUAAGGUACCUCCUAGUGGAAACAGACCCGGUGAUAUUGAAAAGUGGCUGAAGAGAUCUCUCUCUAAUUUGCAUUUAAGCUACCUGGAUUUAUAUCUUGUCCAUGCUCCAUUUGCAUAUCAAGAUGCUGGAGAAGAGUUUUUACCUAUUAAUGAAAAAGGAGAAAUAAUGAUUGAUACUGAUACGGAUCAUCUACAAAUUUGGUCAACAAUGGAGAAUCAAGUGCUGCAAGGACGUACUAAAGCGAUUGGAUUGAGCAACUUUAACAUUGCACAAAUCAAAAGAAUUUUGGAUAACGCUAAAUUACCUGUUUCAAAUUUGCAAAUUGAAUUACAUGUUUAUUUCCAACAGAACAAACUGGUGAAGUUUUGUCAAGAUAACGACAUCCGUAUAACGGCGUACUCUCCUUUGGGUUCACGUGGAUUUGUUGAGAAAAUAGGAAAGGGAGACGCUGUGUCGGACUCAUUAAAAAACGUAACUGUGUUAGAAAUUGCGGAAAAAUACGAAAAAACGCCUGGACAAAUAUUACUUAAACACAUCAUUCAAAAAGGUAUAGUGACUAUACCGAAAAGCGUUAAUCCUUUAAGAAUCAAACAAAAUAUUGACUUGUUCGAUUGGCAACUCGAAGCUGAAGAUGUUGACAAGUUAAAUGCUUUGGAUAUGGGAGAAUCUGCACGAGUGUGUGAUUUCAGUUUCUUUAAAGGUGUAUCAAAGCAUCCAGAAUUUCCUUUCUAAGAUUAUCAUAUAGAAUAUCCCGAAAUUAGGUAAUGAAAAUACUAUAGCAAGAAAGGUUUCAAAAUAUUAAGUAAAAAAGUUAUUUGUAAAUUUUUAUUUUGGACAGUAGUUUUUGAAAUAAUAAGGAUUUAAAUAUGACCAGACUGCGUUUAGACGACCACCUGUCCAUGAAUCGCUUUUACGAUAGUAUCAGCGAGCGCUGUCAAGUGCGCAUUUCUUAUUAAUACAUACUCACUGUCACUAAUCAGAUGAUCGUUUAAAGGACUAUAGUUGGCCAUAUUUAAAUCUUUAUAUCUCAAAAACACU